AUGGCUCUAGUAUUUCCUGGUUACGACAACAGCUACGAUGCUUAUAAUCCUUAUUCAAUGUCUCGCCGCCCGUCCAUGUACGGAGGAGGCAGUUCUUAUGCAUAUGAUCAAGUAGGCUACCAUGACCUAGAUCCUAUGUACGGCGGGCAGUACAACAGCAUGCAUGGCCUGCACCCCUCCAUGGGGGGCGUGACGCCCAUGAUGAUGGGUCCCUCAGCCUAUGAUGACAUGACUGUGCGAGAGCCGUACUACCCUGAUAUCCGACGACCUCGUUCAGCGAUGAGCAUGACCCGGCCUCGACGGCAUUCUGCAGUAUCAGCUAUAUCACAUAUUCCCCUUCCACCACCCAUGGAUACGUACCGCCGUGCUAGCUCAAUCCACAUCAAAUUUAAACGCCGGAGUAGCCUUAUGGCUGGUAUUUCUCUAGCUGAAGCCCAAGGAUAUGCCAGAUUAUCAAACAAUGAUUACUAUACCCUUCACGAUUUGCACGCAGAUCGACGACACACGAUUUUCCUGAAGAUAAGAUGGGCUGGUUAUAACUCCUUAACGUACGAGAUUCCGGUAGAAGCUUCGUACGACGACCGGAUAAAUCUACAAACCUUAGCGAGACGUAUUUCAAGAGCGUGUGUCCACUACCUCCAGGCAAACCGAAUACCUAUUCCCUGGGAUCGCGUAGAUCUGCACCACAUCGAAGAGAUCUCCUAUGGUGUCUGGCAACCUAUGCUAUCCUCCAGAUGA